AUGUCUGAAGAACUUGAUAUUGAAAAGUAUUUAGCAACCGAAGCAACACAGCUUCAGAAGGAUCAAGAGGUUGAACGGAUACUGUCUGCGUUCAAGCUAAACCCGUUCGACGUACUAGAGAUUGAGCCGGAAAACUGUUCUGAAAAAGAAAUAAAGAAUACAUAUCGAAAGAAAUCACUGCUUAUUCAUCCAGAUAAGACAAAACAUCCGAGAGCGCAAGAGGCUUUUGCUUUAUUAAAAAAGGCAGAAACAGAACUAUCAAACGAGAAAUCUCGCGCAUUUCUUCUAGCAAUAAUUCAAGAAGCACGCGCGACUCUCUGCACAGACCAAAAACUGAAAUCCGACGAUCCAGUUCUACAAACACGUGAAUUCCGACUCAAAAUAAAACAAAAGACCAAGGACAUCUUGAUUGAGCACGAAUUACGAAAACGGAAAUUGAUAAAACGUGAAAUGGAGGCACAGGGGCUGGCGGCACAGAAAGCUGAAGCCGCAGAAAAAGAGAGAAAACGAAAAGCUGAGGAAGACAAGUUGUGGGAGGAGACUCGCGAGCAGCGGGUUAAUAAGUGGCGUGAUUUUCAGGGGAAAAAAGGUGGUGGUGGUGCAGCGGGAUCGAGUAAAAAGAAAAAGAAGACUGUGGGCGAGUUUCGACCACCUAAGGUCUUGGCUGAGGAUCCAUCGAAACCGUAUAUUAAACGACCGACGAAUUCUUCUUCAUAA